GCAAACGACAGGGAAAUUUUCAAUCCGUCGUUUCAUAGGUUUUUAUCGCACAUAUUUCGAAAUUUUUAUUGAAGGCGUUAUCGCGUACAUUGUCUUCGUCGCCGACGAUGCUACGAAAAGAUAAAUUGCGCUGAAAUGUGCACAAACUGUCCAUAUUUCUAUACGAAGCGAACGAUAGGGUUAUGAGGCUCCAAUUUCGAAGUCUCGCUAUUCGUCAAUAUUUUUGCACUGUUUAUAAUAUAAUUUCUGCAGUACACGAUGGCUGAAAAAUGUAAGGAAUGUGGGUGUAAAUGUGCAAACUGCACACAUAAUAAUCAACAGCAUAAUGACAUGCAUUUACAUGUAGAAAUAGAAAAUUUGCGCCAACACCUGAUGGAAAGGGAUAAUCAUAUUGCUACAAUGGAGACACAAUUCCUCAACGAGGCUGAUAAGUUUCCAAAUGGAGAACUGGCUUCGAUGAAGGAAGAGCUUCUAAUAUGGCAGGAAAAGUAUUCAAGAUUACACGAUGCUCACAAACGUGUUCAGAAAGUAAAUCAAAAUCUGGAGGAUAAAUUAUUGAGGAUCGUAGAUAAAUGCGAAACAGAGAAAAGUGCAUUUACCAAGGAUAUUGCAACUUUAUCUCACAGAUUGGCUGAUGCGAAUUACACUAUACAUCGUUUAACGCAAGAUAAUGAAAAUUACAGAAAUGAUGUGAAUUUGGCGAUACAACUUCUUCACUGUAAACCUUCCAAUUUUGUUGGUCAAAAAUAUGAUUCUUUACCUACUGAAGUACAGGCUAAAGUUAGAACAUACGUUGCGCAAAAAAAGCGUACGAAUGAUGCUCCUCCCGAUGUUAAAAGUAUUACAGUACCAAUUUCAACGUUUCCACCGACAGCUAUGGUGUAUAAUGUAACUAAGCCUGCACUUGACAAACUUAGCGACGAUGAUAGCGAUGAUUCUAAGCCACCGGUAGACGUUGUCUCUGCCGCAAUAAUGGCCAAAGUGUUAGAAGACCGAGAAAAAGAACGAAUAUUUUCAAAGCAUUGUGAUACAUGUACUUGUCAUAGGAGCAUUUUGAUGGUCGAUGCUGAAACUCAAACUAACGCGGAAGACGUCUUUUCUUGUAACGAUUGUGCUUUGAAAUACGCGCAAAGCGUAGAGAAAUAUUCAGAUAGCUUGAAAAAUACUGACACAACUAGCCAAAACAAGGAAAGUCAACACUCUAUGUUACACAUAACUUAUCACGAGGUAAAUGAAAAUGUUAGUAAUAAUAAAAUGCAAUAUCAGAGCAAUUGUACAAAGACUACUAGCAGUCAUAAUUUAUGCACAAAAGAUAAGUUUGUAAGUAGAAAUGGUAAUGUUGUAGAAAGUGUAAAGGAAGAUGGUCGUGUAAAUCCCAAUACGAAAGCUAGUUUAAAUAAAAAGAACUCGUUGCGUCGUGGCGAUUUGCAGAUUCAAAGCGUGUUUCAAAAUCAGAGCGCAAACACGACGAAACAGAUAAUGCCUCAAAAGAUAAGUAAUAUGUGUACUAAUAACAAAAUGAACUCUGACAAGGGAAAACAGGUGAAACCGUAUAAAAAAUGCGAAUCACAAAUCGAUGGUACAUUUAAUUCGAAUCAUUGGAAGAACUUAGAAAAGAAAUCCUCUAACCAUAGUCAUAUAGUUCCUGAAAAUUCCAACAGUUAUUUCGACGGAAAAGAGCAAAGUCCCAUUGACAUAAUUAAUGAUAGACUGUGGAAAAACGAAUGGACGAAAUUGAAAUCACAAACCAACAAGGACAGUAAAAAUAUAAACAAAGUAUAUAGCGAUAUCGAAAUUGAUAUUAUUAACGACAGAGUUUGGAAGAAUGAUAAGUCAACGGAGGAAAUCCAUCUGCCAGCACAGUUAACUUUAAUAGAAGUGAAAAACAUAGAUAACAAUUCAAACCAAAAUGAUCCUAGACAAAUGGAAGUUGCCACUAGUCCAAGUUUUAGUAGCGAUAGUAUAGUAAUUUCAACUUCCGAUCCCUCCAGCAGCUCCAGCGAUGUUGUUCAGUCUCUCAGCGGAACGAAUUUGCACAACGUCGUCAAUUCAAAGCCCAGCAACCAAAAUCGAAUAACUGGUCCAAGAAAUUGCCUCGUGAGAGUCACGCCAGGAUCAAAAAAUAUUCUUCUAGAUAAUGCUGGACAUUAUAAAACUGUAUUGUACACUAGCGGAAGUAACAAACAAAAUACUGGUUUGAUACAGUCGAAAGAAUUAUCUCGAUCCGGAUCGGAAAGAUCAAUUUCAACCAGUAGCGAGGAAAGCUCCCCGGUUUUGCUGCAUGACAAUAAUCAAUUACAAAGAGUAGCCGAAUGGGUUCAGUCGUCUGUACACAUGGACAAUUCUGUGUCAGGUUACACGAAAUUGAAGCCUAACGAAACCAUAACGAACAAGAGAUCUUUAUUGUAUUCAAACGAGUCGCAAACAAAGUCCAAACCGUUCGAAGACGCUGCGAGGUUGCAUGAGAAUACUCAAGAGAAAAAGUGCGAAAAUUUAGUAGUAAACGUUCACGAACCCGGCGAGGAAAAUUUAAAUAAUGAUGUAAAUAAUUUUUCAGCAAAUGUAAAUAAUGUUGAGCCAGAGAAAGAAAAAGAUUUAAUAUCUUUCGACAUUUCAAACGAGGAGGAGAAGGACGUGUCCAAAGCUUCCAACAAAAUGGAUAACGCAGAUUUUAACUAUGAAGUUAAAAUCACUAAAGAAAUGGAAGAGACUUACCUAAAGCUAGCCGCAAGUUUAGACCAUGCCACGUUAAACAUACCGCGUACAGAUAGUGCAGAUUUAACAAUUGAAAAGUAUAGAAAAGAUCAUAAAAGACUUCAGAGGAGCCUCGAGAAGGCGGGAUCAAAAAUGUAAAGUAUUUCAGCAAAUAUUUCAGAAAAUUAUUAGUACUAUCACAGCAGGGAGUUCCUUUAAAGAUAACAGAGCGUUAUUUUUUGUAACUAUAUGAAACUAAGGCUGUACCAAGAUCAGUAGCUUAGGAGAAAACAUUCUAUACACCACUGCAGACAUAGAAUUAUAUUUAUUUAAUUUGUAUAGUUAAUGUUAGCAUUGCAGCUUUAUUACCUGAUGAAUGAGAUUCGGUUGUGUGGCAGUCGUAAAAUGUUGCUGAGAUAUAUAUAUAUAUAACUAUUUAGCAAUUACAAUGGACAGUUCUCUUACAGCUGAUAUGUGUAAUCGGAUGAACAGAAUCUUGAAAUUCUUUAAAUAUUUAUUAAAUUCUUUCGGUGUAUAAACUAUAUGGAGCCACUUUACAAACGAUAUGAGAGAUAUUGUAAUUUUAUUUUAAUUUCGUUGACUCUAUGUAGUAUUUUAUAGAGCCAUUCUAUGUCGAAAAAUAGCCCGAUUAAAUUAGACGACGAAACUUUUAUUCUUGUUACUGCGAUUAAAUAUUAUAGAACGAAUUACGUUCGUUUGUAUUGAAACGUGACAAUAUUUAAGAUUCGUUGUCAGAUGUCAGCAGCUAUGUUCUGGAUGCGAUAUAUUGGCGCGUGCUACUUCCAAUGAUUAGGGCCACGCAGCAAAGUGUUUGCAUUGCAAAACAAGAUCCCUCGAACUCAUUUGAUACGAGAAACAUUGAUAAUCGUAUCGACAGCGUUAACGUGUAAAAUUCGAAAAAUUUUAUUUGACGAUUGCGUCGCAUACGUAGUGAUAGAACGAAUAACAUAUAUUUUCCUUGCGUGCUCGAAACGAUAUGACAGAAUAUAGCGGUGACAAUAUUAUAGUUGAGCUAAUUAUUAAGGUGUAUCUGUGAAGCAACGUUUUAAGGAACUUCGUUGCAUACGCGCAAGCAGAAUAUUUAUGGGGGAAAAUCUAUAACAGAAAUUUUUUUUGAAAGGAUCAUUAUAUGUGUUAAAGAGUAAUCAUGGUACCAAAGUUGAAAGCAAUCGUUGCAAGUUAAUACGUUUAGUACUUAUUUAAUUGUCCGCUUAAAUCAGUGUAUCAUAGUAUAAUUAUCGUCCGUUUUCUUUUGCACGUCUCCCUAUAUGCGUUUUUGUUUCUCGAAGAGCACAUGUGAUUUCUGUAAAAAUAAAAAAAGAGGAAAUAAGAAUGUGCUGCAUGUAUGUAAUUAGGCAAUGCCCAUUGGAAAUGGAUCUUUGCCUGAUCUUUAAUUAGUCGGUCUAAACUGAUAGAGAAAGGUGAGAAUUACUAACUUUCGUUUGCAUGAAAAGUAAAAAUUCAAAACUAUAUUUUAAUAAAUUACAGUGAUUCCUACUUUUGAGUGACAAAAUCACAGCCUCGUGUAAAACUUUAAAGUUGAAGUGAAGUGUUAUCAACAGAUUGGCGUGAUUUUUACGACGAAAAUUAGUUCAAACACAACUAUAAUUAUACGUUAUUCGAAUUAUUUCUGAAAAAUAGUCUGUACGAAGUCGUGUUUGAAUUUAUUUUCAAGGGGAAAACCUCACUAAUUCAUUAAUAAUACUUACAGAGAUAUAAAAAUUUUUAUCAGAGUAAAUUGAUCUUGUCAGCCGAGAAUUAUAAAAAAUUGUCACUUGAAAAUUGGAAAAUACUGUAUUACAAACAAUUAGUGUAAGUCUAUUUAUUGUUUGUAAUUUUUUCGAUGAUUUUAUUUGAAGGCAAGAGCGCUUAUUAAUCGAUCAGGAUUAUACUUAGCGAUUUUUUGAGCGCGUAGUGAAUUGUCGGGGCGAUAGAGAUAAACCAGUGCUGUUUAUACGGUUCUGUCCCUCUUUACAUGUCAUAUUACAUUUGUACGGGGUGCGAACCAUAAC